UGCAUUCGUGGAAGUUGGACGUGUUUUUGAAUUUUUGCUUACGGUGUUCAGUCAAACCAGAGAGCGCGAUUGUACAUUACUUUUAUUAUUAUUCGUUCACUGCCAAUGUGUGUGUGCGUGAGUAUGGUAACGAAUCAAAACGCCAGUAGGUAAAAUUGUUCAAGCAGUUUCACAACUAGGCGUGGGUUUGUUCAGAUCUGUUCGGUUUCGCGGCGGACGUGCUGUGUUGAAAAAUUAGAGCCUAAUUUGAGUGCUAAUCUGGUGGAAUUUUAUACUAUUUUAACGCAAUUUGUAAGUUCUGUUUGAUUGUGGUGUUUUUAGUUGUUAGUGAUUCGAAACACCGACGAAAGAAUCGAUUUUCGAAUUGCCACCAGGAAGCGCAGUGGCAGCCGGAGCAAUAAACACCCGUCAUCGGCAAGAAGAAGAAGGAAUAUUUUUGUGGUCCCCUUUGGUGGCGUGUUCGGUAGUGUUUGUGAGCAAAGUAACCAAUAAUGUCUCAAAAAACCAAAAGAUCCGGUGUUUCGACGCCCAUCCCGGUGACGGCCAGUACUCCCGUACAGGCAGGAUCCGGCCGGCCAUCCAGUCCGCUGAGCCCAACGCGAUUCAGCCGGCUGCAGGAGAAAGCCGACCUGCAAAAUUUGAAUGACCGCUUGGCCUGCUACAUCGAUCGGGUGCGCUAUCUGGAGCAGGAGAAUUCGCGUCUCACGCUCGAGGUUCGCACCUCACAGGAAACCGUCACCCGGGAGGUGUCCAACAUCAAGCAAAUGUACGAGCACGAACUAACCGAUGCCCGGAAGUUGCUGGAUGAAACGGCCCGCGAGAAGGCCAAGCUCGAGAUCGACGCCAAGAGGAUAUGGGAGGAGAAUGACGAUCUUAAAAAGAGACUUGAUCGUAAGACAAAAGAAGCUGCCGAUAACGAACGUAGUGCGCGUACCCAUGAAGCCCGGGCCAACGAGCUGGGCGGCAAAUAUAACACGGUUCUCUCGGAACGCAAGAAAGCCCAAGAUGAGCUGAAAGAGUUGGAGAAGGAAAUCGGUCGCCUGAAGAAACAGCUGGAAACACUGCGCAAGAAUCUCGAAGAGGAGACUCUUGCCCGAGUGGAUCUGGAGAACACCGUGCAAAGUUUACGCGAAGAGUUAACUUUCAAGGAUCAAGUGCACACGCAGGAGCUGACAGAAACCAAGUCUCGCCGGCAGGUGGACAUCAGCGAAAUCGAUGGCAUUUUGUCCGAGCAGUAUGAGGCGAAACUGCAGCAGACUUUGCAGGAACUUCGCGAUCAGUACGAUGCUCAGCUACGUGGCAAUCGCGACGAGAUCUCAGAGCUAUAUGAGUCCCGUCUACGCGACUUGGAGCGACAGUUGAACAUCGAACGUCAACGCCACGCCGAGGAGAAGAGCAAGAUGAUGGACGAAAUCGAACGUCUGCGAAAGGAAAUUUCCCUGCAACUGCAGGAGUACCAAGAUCUGAUGGAUAUCAAAAUUUCGCUGGACAUGGAAAUCGCAGCGUACGACAAGCUGCUCUCGUCGGAGGAGGUUCGGUUAAACAUCACACCAGGCAGUCAGAGUGCCGUCUUCCAAACGUCGACCAGUUCGAGUAGUGCCCGUUCCGGAGCGCUUCGUCGUACGCCUCAGCGUGCCGGCGCAAAGCGUAAGCGAACGGUCCUAGAAGAAUCGGACGAACGCAGCGUAUCGGACUACUCGGUCACUUCCUCGGCCAAGGGAGACAUCGAGAUCUCCGAAGUUGACCCCGAGGGAAAGUUCGUCAAGCUGCACAAUAAGUCUGCUAAGGAGGUACAAAUUGGCGGCUGGUCACUCGUUCGCAAGGUCGGUACCAACGAGACCUUGUUCAAAUUUCACCGGACGCUGAAGAUUGAUGGUGGUUCCUUUGUGACGGUAUGGUCUUCCGAUCUGGGACACACGCAUGAGCCACCGAGUACGAUCGUUAUGAAAGGACAGAAAUGGUUCGCUGGCGAUAACAUGACCACCCAACUGCUAAACUCGGAGGGAGAGGAAGUUGCGGCGUCAGAACGCGUCAAGCGCAUUGUUUCCACCGCCGCCUCACGCCACCGGGAGUACCUCGGUUCUUACAGUGGAGAAGAGCUGUAUCAUCAACAGGGGGAACCAAAGGGUGAGGAGAAAUGUCGCAUAAUGUGAGAGUAAAGCAUCGGGAGCACCAUUCGCUGCGAAUCAAUCUGCCUGUUACAACUUAAGUUUGUAUCUUUGUCAUACAGUUACACAUUUUGACGGACAAAAGCAUGUGAUGCUCAGCCAGAAAAACACGAGCACACACAGGAUAAGUAAAGAAAUGUGUUUCCUACCAAUAAGAGCUACAUACAAUUACAUACUAACAACAGUAACACCAAUUACCACAUUACUACUAUAUUGCUGCAAAGCACUUUGCUCCUGAAAACCGAGGGAGACAGCCUACAUGAAACCGUGAUUCCCCCUCGCAACGAGUAUGUCCAACUCAAGCAGCAGCAGACCACUAUAAUACGGAUACAUAACACCCAAAUAAAGAACUAUAAUUAAUCUGUAUUUAAUGUGAGCUCCGAAUAAAUACAAUUUAGAUUGCUGAAGAGUAGUAAUCGAAUGCCAUACCUGUUGUAGUAAACAAGCACAAGCAGUCAGUCAGUAAUCUAAAAUUCUAAUUGUAUUGUUCGUCCUAUUUGUCAUUUUACGGAAACUGAUCUUCCGCACUAACGUUAUAAUAAAACUGUUUCAUUAUUUGAAAGAAGAAACCAACGUUGUAUUACAAUCAGUUAGUUCCCCCACGUGGGGAUGUCAUGUCAGCCUAGCUUGUACCCGUUUGCAUUUUAGAUUCAUUUUAUUACUCGAUGAGUAUCCAAAAAUCUGAAAAUAAGAAAUAAGGAAACAGUUUCCUGACCACGUGUCUUCUAUCUACUCUAGCAACGUUAAUGUUCGGAGAACGUGCUCGUUAGAAUUUGUGUCUGUUUUGAUUGCUUCAGAAUAUAAUUUAAAAAAGUGAAUGCAUUUUCGAUUCUUGUAACUCUAAUUGAUUAAGAAGUUAUAUUUUUUAAGCAUAAGCAAGAAGUUAAACUAAGCCGAGUUGUUGCUCGUCCGAAACCAUCUAGGUAGCUUUUCCCAGAGUACAUUUUUUAGCCAUGAACAAUUUCGAAACUAAAUAAAAGCGACGUUUGUAGCAAUGUAGGAAAAAAAUCAUUGCAUUAUUCAGGAAGAAAGGUUAACAUUUCAUUUUAUUAUUCGGUUAAAUUAACACUUACGAUUAAAAAAAUGCAGUUCCCAUUAUUUUGUACUAUCAUUUUUUUUGGUAAAUCUAUAAAGAGAAUUUUAAAAUAAACACAUACACAAACAAAA